AAUGGGACGUCUGCCCUUGAGACAUAUUUGCAUUGUGCGAUGUCUCGUGAACUACUUCCUGUCCACUGCACUAAAAGCUAAUCAGAUUAUAUAAUCUUCUGAGCUUGUUUCGUAUGGUUUUUUUUAUUAUUAACAAACUGGGGAUGUAGCUAGAACGAUAGUGUUUAUCCGGUUGCUAACCAAAGAUACGAAUUUGUAAUCUUUCACCAAAGCAGUUAAAAUUUCAGAGUGUUUAGUGUGAUUUGUUUGUUGUUAGGUAUGCGAAUUAAUGCAGGUGUAUGCUGUGACGCAUUCGUUAAUCGUUAAAGACAGUGCUUUUGCUUUGUUGGAAUAGAAGAUGUAGUUCGUGGCUGCUGCCUUGGGAAGACUGUUAUUGUUGCUAAUGGGUAUUAACAGUUCGAAAUCCACAAAGAAAGCCUCGAAUUCUUUCAGUGGCAUAUCUCCGAACAACUCACUGAAGAGUGAAGAAAGUAACAAGUCCUACACAAAUAUUUUGGUACUAUCAAGGAUGGGUUCUAUGUUUUUUGAUGAAGAUGGAGAUCUAGCUCAUGAAUUCUAUAUAGAAGUGCCACCACCCAAAAAAGGUUGUAAAGCUACCAUGAAGAGAGUGCUUCACAAUCUGAUUCCUCAGGGUGAAGUCCCGUAUAAAUUUCCUAGACUGCAUUGUGACUUCCCGGUAAUCCUUCAUCAUGUAUGACAUUAAGUGUUUUUCUUCAAUGCCCUUGGUGAAAUUAGUUAAAACAUUUUUGGCCAAAUGUUAAUUGUGUUUGACAAGUAUUGGGCAAAAAUGUUGCCUUUAUAGUAGAUGAUAUGCUUCUGAAUAUUAAAUCAUAUCAGCGGGGUGUAAUGCAAUUAGUAAGUUAUUUGGAUGUUUACAUGAUGACAGAAUCUUUAAUUGAUUUCAUUGUAAAUCACUGCAAAAGCACCUGCAGCUUUCAAAAUAAUUCAACAUUUAACUGUAAUGUGGAAGAUUUUGUGUACAUUCUGCAGAGAUUACUAUGCUAUUUAAAACUAUGUAAUUUCCAAUUUACAUUCUACAGUUGUUACACAGUUUAAGUCUUAAGUCAAAUUGUGUAAUGAUUGAGUUCUGUUGGAUUGUAGCCUUGUAAUUUUUUGUAGUACUGAAGAAACUCCAGUACUUCGGUUUAAUAGAGUAUUUGUGAAAGACAUAUUGUAUUGCUUUCCGUAUAGCACAGUUUUAGUGUAGAAACAUGAUUUUGCUACUGUGAUUGUACAUAUGUAUAUACAUAUAGUUUGUGUGUGUGUGUGUGUGUGUGUGUGUGUGUGUGUGUGUGUGUGUGUGUGUGUGUGUG